UCACAUGAUUUAGCAACCGGCGCGCGGUGCGGAAGAAGCGGCGUGUGUUCGCUCGAAUCUUCCUGUAAAGUGCUCUUUGUGUCAACAUGGCCUCAGAUGACAUCGCUCAGCUGGCUGAUGCUCUCUCAAAGACCCAUGUCGGGGAUGGGGAGUUGAGCUACAAAGGCCUGGGACUGAAGCUUGACAACGCAGAAUCUGUGGAGGAUGUGGUCCGGGAGAUCGAGCAAUACCAGGGUCUGAGAGCUCUGCGUCUUGAAGGAAACACUAUGGGAGUGGAAGCAGCCCAAGCCAUUGCUAAAGCUCUGGAGAACAAAGACCUGCUCCAGAGAUGCUACUGGAGUGACAUGUUCACCGGCAGGCUGCGCUCUGAAAUCCCAACAGCCCUGAGGUCCUUGGGCGGUGCUUUGAUGAGUGCUGGAGCCAGACUGACAGAGCUGGACCUGAGUGAUAAUGCUUUUGGGCCAGAUGGUGUCAAGGGGAUUGAGCAGCUGCUGAAGAGCCCUUCCUGCCACACCUUGAGGGAGCUACGGCUCAACAAUUGCGGCAUGGGGAUCGGCGGAGGAAAGAUCCUGGCUGAAGCUCUGAUGGAGCGCCACAGACAAUCAUCAGCCCUCGGAGCUCCAUUUAAACUGAGAGUGUUCAUCGCAGGGAGGAACCGCCUGGAAAACGAGGGAGCUAGUGCACUGGCGAAGGCUUUUCAGUUGAUGGGCAGCCUAGAGGAGGUUCACAUGCCUCAGAAUGGAAUAAACCACGCAGGUGUGAUGGCGUUGGCUUCAGCCAUGCGACAAAACCCAGAGCUUCGAGUCCUCAACUUCAAUGACAACACCUUCACCAAGAAGGGAACACUGGCCAUGGCUCAGGCUUUAAGGCACCUCAGGAACGUCCAGGUGAUCAACUUUGGUGACUGUCUGGUCCGCUCUGAGGGAGCCAUUGCCCUUUCUGCAGUUCUGAGAGAAGGACUACCUAUCCUCAAGGAGCUCAAUCUGUCAUUUGGUGAGAUCACUGAGGUAGCAGCUCUGGUGGUGGCUCAGGCUGUCAUGGACAAACCUCACAUGGAGAAAGUGGAUCUGAACGGUAAUUGUCUGGGAGAGGAGGGCUGUGAAGCUUUGAGAGAAGCUAUGGAGAACAUGGACAAAGGAGACAUGCUGACAUCACUCAGUGAUGAUGAGGGAGAACCAGAUGACGAGGACGAAGAUGAGGAAGAUGAGGAUGAAAACAACAAUGAUGAUGAUGAUGCUGUUGAUGAUUUGAAUGAGGAGAUUGAGGAGUACGGUGAAAUUGUGAAGGAAAAUGGAAUAUCAAGAAAAGAAGACAGUCCUGCGAAAUCUCAGAGCCCAGCAGAAGUCUUGUCCUUCCUUAACUGUCCCUCUGCAGAAAAGCUCCUUCAGCUGGGAGAUAUGAGGACAAGCAUUCAUGAACAGUUUGAUGCGUCUGAGCCACAGAAGACUGCUGAUGUCCUUUUGAAAAUAAGCUCCUUGUACAAUGAGGAUCUAGAAACAAAGGCGGCUGUUCUAGAAACUAUCGAUGCAGUUCUGAAGAAGCUGCUCUCUGGUUCUACCUUCCAAUCCUACUGUUUCCUCUCCACACUGCUGGUCAUGAUGGGACUUCUCAAGACGCUGGAGAUACGGACCCGUAGCAUCGGUACUACAGGGAGAGGGGAAAAUGAAAAAAGUUUUGCUGGUCCCAGGUCAGCUGUUAUGUUUGGAACAUGCCGUCCAGCAGGAAUACUUCCCUCAGCAUCACGCCUCACUGCUUCACAUCUUCCUGUCCAAGAACAGCGAAGCUCUGAAGUCAUGCAGCAGUGCCAGAGAGCGACUGAGCUCUGCUCUGGAGAAGAAGUGCCACAACUAACACUGAUCCAACCAGCCAGUGCCAGUACCAACAAAGGGACACAGACACACACUGUACUGACAUUCAUGUUUUUUCAUCAUCAGAACCAACAGGGAUGCUUUACACUUGAACAAAGGACAAGUACAACCACUGCUGUCCUCUCCUGAUUUGUAUAGUUUAUGAAGGCAAGACUGUCCAGAAUGUCUUAAUUAUUUUUCUACUUUUGCUUGUGACUUAUAUUUUUAUAGAAAAUAGAUACAAAAAAUAAAAAUAUAGAACUGCACAUCAUCUAGUCGUGGGUAUAAUGUGUAAGAAAAAACAAAAAUAAACUGACUGUAAUCCGAAGUGAAGCUAAUGUUUAGGCACUGUCCAUCUGGCACCUUUUGAAACACAUCUGUUUCUUUGAUAGGCUUAUCUUCAAAAUUCACUGGUAAACAGUGAGGAAAUAGUAAAUCUGUUUAUACAGAUUAUGCCCAGGUCUUGAUAAAUUUGAAAAUGGUAAAAUAAAAACAAGCAAAGUGUGGCAGAUAUUGUCUUAAUAAGCACACAAUGACAGAUUAGCUGUGGUUUUAGACAUGCAUUUUUGUUACUCUUUCUGUUGCUGUGAAAGCUUAAUUAAGGAGUACUGAAAUGGUAAUUCCAAAAUAAAUACAAUCUAUAGAUGAAAAUAACUUGGUCAAAAGCACAGAGGUGACUUUAUUAUUUUUUGACAUUGCUUAUUUGGGACAAUCUUUCAUCAGUUAUAAUGGCCCCACUGCUGCUUGUAAAGCUCCAGUCAAUUCACAGCACUGUCAGCAACGAUAGAAGCACCACACAUCCUCACCCAUGAACCUGAAACACAGCGUGUGUUUAAAUCAGCCUGAAAUGAACCCAUCUGUAGAACUUCAGAGAUCAGGAGACGGCAAUCACUUUUAUCUGAUGUUUCUACUUGAAAAUGUGCUCUUAUAUGACUUUGUGUUGCACAAAUGUACUUAAUGUGUAUUACCUCAUAUAGCUCUUUGUGAUGUGAUGGAGCAUUUAAAGGAAAUUGGAAAGGAACAUAUUUUACUGGCAUUUAAAUCAUCUGCAUUUAUUCAGUUAGGAGGAUAUUGGUUUGCCUGAUAUGUUGUUGAAUUGUUUUUAAAAAAUAUAACUCCUCUAACAAGUC